AUCCAGCUUGAAGACAAAUCAGCAAUAACCUUACGUUUCUUCAUUUCAAUCAUAAUUAAAACAAUAAUGAAAUGAAGCAACAAAAAGGAAUCGACCCUACGUUCAUCAUGUGCACUCUGACAGUUAGUACAGACUCUUUGUAAGGUUUUACUAAUUGUAAUAGAGCACUCAUCGGAUCUAUCAGCUUAAUCCCAUCCGCAAUCGGCUGGAGAAAUACAGAGAGGGAGUUGAAAUGAAGGAAAAAUCAUGGGUUUGUACUGUUUUCACACAGCUCAUUCUCUGCAUUGCACUUUUCAUUGCUCUUAAUAUAGGUGAGUCCCAGAAGCGUAGUAAAAAUGAAGGCAGGGUCAUUGAUGUGUUCUUCGUUAGUGUUGAUGGAGGAUUUAGGCCACUUGAAGAACAGACCCUUUUACUUAAACAGAUGGAGAAGGUGGUGAAAUCCUACAGGGCUCGGUUUAUAGUCACCAUCAGUGAACUUGGGGAAUCUGAUCCACUCCUUCAGAAUGCUACGCAGUACCCUGAGUUGCAGAAAAUACCGUGGUACACUACUGGAGCAUUGAAAGGAGGAGGAGGAGCAAAUUAUUUCCUCAAGAAGAUCGAAAUUCCGUAUGGACAAACACUGGAUAUUAUAGCCUUGAACACUGGGCUACUCCAGAAUUCUUCGAGUGUCCCUGAAAACGAGCAGCUUCAGUGGUUAACGACGACCCUCAAAGAAAGCAGUAGCAACUGGAAAAUUGUCUUUGGAUUCCAUCACUUGGUCACCUCUGAAGAUAAUGUACAGAAAAGGGAACCAAUUUUUGAGCGAUUAUAUAGUAUAUUACUUAACUAUGGAGUGAAUGCAUAUUGGAGCUGGCGUGCCGGUACUGUAAAUCAAAAUAUAGUCCAACAAAAGGAAAUGGUAAAUGGAUUCCUUCUUCAUCGGGUUAGUCCACUGGAAAUUGUCACAUAUUUAGUUAAGUUGACAGGGGAGGUGGUUCAGAGUUCAGCGCUGCAACAAAUGGGCAAGGAGGUCAUGUAAUUUAUAAAGAGAGCUUGUUCUUCGGCAACAUAUUUAUCUGGUCGUGGAUGAAGGGCGUUCUACACAUGAUUGAAAUGGAACGAAGAAGUGAAGUAGUGAAGACUUGAAUACUUUACGAAGGUUCUUUGAAUUUUAUAGAAAAAGCGACAUCUAAAGUCGGAAAUAAAGAAGUUGAAAACCAGAACAUAUUCAGAUUCAGAUAGCCUUAAACUGACAAUUUACCAACUUUUUGAAGCAGUGGAAACACUCCAAUUCACCUCAGAACCUCCUAAACUUCAACGCACCAGUUUGUGAGUCGUCGUUCAUGUUAUUCUUCAAAUGUAAUAUAUGCAUUUCAGGGUUUUGGAGCAGCCUUUCAGGCUUGCAAUUGUGCAAGGGAUAGGCAAAUUAUCUAGUUUAUAAUAUAGUUCAUCUAGACCUCGUAUGACGGUCAUUUUCUGGGAAGAAA